UGCUUAGCAUUUGCGAAAAUGAAUUCUAACACGCACGUCAUUCAGGUGACUAACGUCUCCCCGAGCACAACGUCCGAGCAAAUGAGGACUCUGUUUGGAUUCCUGGGAAACAUAGAAGAGCUCAAGCUCUUUCCACCCGAGUGAGUAUUGUGCAUUUUGUAUUGGUUGCCCGAUUUGUUAUCGCAACCGGGGCUCCUCUUGAGGCCUGCGGUGUUUAGUAGGCCUCAGCUCAGGGCAGGCUAAUGCUAACGCUGGCCGCGCCAAGGGAGCACAGCAGCAGUCACUCCCCUCUACGCUGCGCAGGAGGGAGAUGCUUUAUUUUUUAUUUAUUUUGGAUAUAUUGCGAUCGUUUCCGUUUGUCAGUUGAAAUAACGAUAUGAAAUUGAUAUAUUUUGCACAAUAAUUUAUGCUCAUCAUAGUUAUUUUGUCGGAAAUGGUUGGAAAAUUGAUAGGAUCUGAUUAAAUGGCUUUUGCAUCAGUGCAAACUUUGUUAAAAAUCGUUUUGUCACAGAUUUUUUUGCCACUUGAAAACUUAACCUGUGAUUUUGUUAAAUGGAAAUUACAUGUAAAAUAAUUGAUGAUAUUAAUUACAGUCUGCUGCCUUUGGAUUGACGUCUAAAGCAUCUUCUUGAUGGAUUAAGUGCUGUGUAUAGUAAAUUAACAUGUUUAUGAAAAUCUUUGUUGGCCAACCCUUGGGGUUUCUGUACAUUUGGGAUGCUGUUAUGCCUCAAGUAUCUCUAUUAAACAUAGUGAUAAAUAAUUGUUCUCUGCUUUGUAUUUUCAUCUACUGAAUUACACCUGGCUUCUGGGCAGGUAGGACAUGUCAAGGACCACAGCAUUUUCAAAGUAGGAUCAACAUUUUACUCACAGGCAGCAGGUGGUAAACAUUCAGCUGUAAAACAUGAGUGACUGAAAGAAAUAUUUGAUUGUUUAGAGAGAUUUGGAAACAGGACCAUUAAAAUAGAUUUCUAAGAUAAUCGUAGAAGAAAUAGAGGUUUUGGAAUCAGACGAGGCUAGAUUGUGCAUGUCAUAAUCUUCUUUUAACUCUGUUGUCCAUGGGACAUAAACCUCUUCAAGGCACUUUGAUGAAGGCAUAUUGGAUGUUUUUGUUUGUAUUCUUUGCACAACAUAUCUGUAUUUUUUUCCAGUGACUCUCCCUUGCCUGUGACUUCACGUGUCUGUUUUGUAAAGUUCCUUGAGUCCGAGUCAGUGGGAGUUUCCCAACACCUGACGAACACCGUCUUCGUGGACAGAGCCUUGAUUGUGGUCCCUUUUGCAGAAGUGGACAAGUCAUUUGCAGAGAGCCCCUUCCUUGCUGGCUGAAUGAAAGUGGUCCUCUGCUGCCAUCAGGAGAUUAGAAAAAAAUAUGGCACCAGGCUCGCAAGCCCCCCCCUUCUCUUGUUCUGCAGUAAAACAUUAACUCUUUAUUUUUUUUCUCUCUCUCUCUCUCUCUCUCUCUCUCUCUCUGUUCAAGGCAUAAUUUCAUUACCAAAAAAAGAAAAAAACUAUAGCCACACAACUCUUAAGCCAAAUAAGGGGGGUUGGGGAGAGGGUGCAGGGCAAUCGCAAGUCCUUACAUGUUUAAAGGAUUUUAAGAAUUUUUCACAAAAUGUAUUUUGAUCAGUAGCCAUUCACGAAACUAGGGAUGCCUCGAGCAGGUCUGCUCAAAAUGGAUCAAGAAAUGUAAAGUUCUUCAAUUAAAGAGGUAUCCACCCUCAACUGAGCAACUUCUGAUCCUCUGUUUAUAUCUUUAGACUUUUGGUACAGCAGUUAUUAAAAAAGGCCUUUUGUGCCUAAAGUGUUGACAUUCAUUACAUCUACUCUAACGGUGUGCAUAACAGAGAGAAAAUCUCAUAUGUCCUCAAUGGUGGUGACAUAAUGUAGGAGUCUUACACCUCUUUGUUUAGUUUGAUGUGUUUUAUUAAAAAUGUUUUGUUCUGUUUUUGUUAAGCAGUGCUCGUGUGGUUUGGCUUUUGUGCCACGGCAGAUCCACACUGACUCCAUCUGGACUUUUCAUUUUAGAGCAUUGGUGUCGGACACCAUUAAAGACUCUGCACAUACACACUGGUGUUUUCAGUUAGUGGCUGAUUAAGCGUGAUCUCAGGUCCUAAUAUAGCAGAGCUGCUGUGAGACUUUGCUAGUACCACCAAACCCCAAAUGUAAGUUGCCCCUCCCUAUCAGUUGCUUUUGAUGGUAGAAUACGAGAUUCAUUAUUUUGGCACAAUCUUUUAUGGCACGAGGAGAGGCAUAAUCUGCCAGAUAACUGAAAACACUUGCAUGGGUGUAAUGUGGCUGUUUAGGUGCUAGCUUUGUUUACUUUAAGCAGAGCUGUUCUCUAAACACAACUUCAAUUGAUACCUUACAUUGAUUAUAUUAUGUGCAAUAAGUAUGCGUUGCACAACUGCAUCACCAAAUAAAAUAUAAAUACAGGAUCAGGGCUCAGAUCCAGAAAGCUGUUCGGGACAUCCCUACACUAAGCACAAAGCAUGCAGGAUAGAUGAAUUAAUCAGCUGUGCAUGCUAGAAUAGACAUAAAGGUGUAUGCCAUCAUCUACAGUUGUACUGAGCAGAUGUGGUGAAAGUUAACUAGUAAGUAAUUUAGUAUUGUAAGCACCCAAACUGCCUUUGGCAUUGACCUAUUUCAUGUGCCAAAGUAUUAUUUUACUCUGUGCAUCUAUAUUUCCAAAUUGUCACUAACACACAAGAGAUAACGUAGUUUUAAGCCUCUGCUUGAUGUUGCAGUGAAAAUGCUUUUUAUUGACCCUCUCCACACAUGACUCUGAAAGAGUUGAGUGACUCUCACGUUUAACAGUGGUGUUUCUUUUGUUGUUGUGUUUUACAGUUCUUUUUCCUGGUUCAGCCAGCCCUAUAUACCAGGCCCUGCUGAAAAUGCCACCAACAGUUUUGUCUUCUGCAGCCUUAUCCUGUUUCUCAAGUGUCCUUUCUGUUGUGUGUGAGUGUGUGUGUGUGCGAAUGUGUGUGUGUCUCUCUCUCCCUCUCUCUCUCUCUCUCUCCCUUUUUUUAAAAUGUAAAAUGUCAGAUUAUAAAAUUAGACUGUUUCCAGAUGCACGACCAUGGAUGAUCAUCUCCAUAUGAUUUUCCCUUUGAUUGUACUGUUUGGAUUUUCUUCAGCUUUGGGCACAUUUUUCAUGAUGUUAUCACAGAUUUUGCUUGCAAUACUAUUUAAUUGUGUAGUUCAGUUUCUUUGACGUUGUUUAGUGUUCAGUGAUAAACUUUUGGCUAAAAUCUAGCAGUCUAGUACUUUUUAAGCAGUCCUUUGUCUGGUUGCAUAGUAAGAUUUUUAUGGUGGGAUUGUACAGAGUAACCACCAACAAAAGCCCAGAAAAGGUAAUAUGACCAUACCUUUUCUGUUUUUUAAGAUAGUAAUGGUAAGUGAUGUUGAAAUGUACCCAUUUGUCUACACCCAAAUCAUGAACUUGUUUUCUGUAUCUCAAUGUUUUUGUGUGCUUUAUAGCGAAGCAGCCGGCGCGAGUCGCUUGUUCAUAAAACAUCUAUUGAAAGUUGAGAGCACACCCCACGGGACAACUGGCUGUGCUUGCUUACGUUUGGUUCAUGACUUAAAAAACAAGUACAGGAGUCAUUCCUGAUGAAUCUAAAGCUAUGUCGCUGCUGGCUCCAGCCAAUGCUGUGGCAGGAAUGAUGCCUGGGGGAGGCCUUCUUCCAACACCAAAUCCCCUGGCGACAAUGGGAGGGACACCUUUUGGAGGUCUUGGAGCUCCCAACAUGGAGCAGAUGGCUGCCAUGGGAAUGCCAGGACCUAAUAUGAACCCCCAGGCUCUUUCUGCAGACUUCCUGAAGCUCAUGCAGUCCAUGGACCCCAAGCUGAACCCAUUAGCAGCUGGACUGAACUUGAAUCCAGGGCUGAAGACUGAUGCUUCCAAUAAGGAGAUUGAAGAGGCCAUGAAGAGAGUCAGAGAGGCCCAGUCUCUCAUUUCUGCAGCCAUUGAACCAGGAAAUAAGAAGGAUGACAAGCGAAGGCAUUCCCGCUCCAGGUCAAGGUCCAGGCGCAGGCGGUCUAGAUCUCGCUCAAGACACAGGCGUUCAAAGAGCAGGUCUCGGCGAAGGUCCCACUCAAGAAGCAGGAGGAGGUCUAAGAGUCCACGAAGGAGGAGGUCCCAUUCCCGGGAUAGAGGCCGUCGAAGUAGAUCAAGGGAUAGGAGGAAGGAGGAGAAGUCUAGAAAGAGGUCCAAAACCCCCCCCAAGAGCUACAGCAGUGCCAGGAGGUCUCGAAGCAUUAGUCGGAGACACAGGCGAAGCCGGAGUGCAUCCCGGUCCCCCAGGAGGAGGCUGUCCAGGACUCCAUCGCCCAGACGACACAAGAAGGAAAAGAAGAAGGACAAGGAUCGUGAAAAGGACCGUGAUAGAGACAGGAGGGAGGAGCGAGACCGGAGUAGAGAUGAAAGAGAACGCUCCACCAGUAAGAAGAAGAAGAGCAAAGACAAGGAGCGAGAUCGGGACCGCAAGUCAGAUAGUGAGAAAGGAGAUGUUAAGGUGACUCGUGAUUAUGACGAAGAGGAACAAGGUUAUGACAGCGAAAAAGAAGUUGAGGAGGAUGAUGACGAGAGGAAGAGCGACUCUGAUUCUGCCUCCUCCCCAAAAGGCCAGGAAGAAAUGGAGAGAUCUGAAGGCCAAAUCCCUAAAAAGUCCAAGCUCAAUGGAGAUGAUCACCAUCAGGAAGACAUGGAAAUGAGCGAUUAAGAACAUCCUAAACCAGACACAUUAGUCUCCCACUGUCCCUUUUUAUAUUUUUAAUAUAGGCCACAACAUGUCUGUGCCUGAUCACACAAAGUAAAAAAAAAAGAUUUGUUGUCUUAACUGUGUAAGCACUGGAAGGGAAAUAGAAGGAAACACAUCAAAUUUUGUAAAAUAAAGAAUGCAGACUCAAAUUUGAAUAAUGGUUUUAAAAUGUCAGUACUGUACUUUUGUAUGAUCUUGUUUUCUUCUUUUUGUUGCCUUUAUGUUCAAACUGCGUCCACCUGACAGUAGAAUACACAUACUUUUUUUAAGUGAAAUGUCUGUAAAUAUUUUACAAGUUAGGCUUGAGUCAUCCUUUCCUAAGACUGUUAGUUGCUCACCAUCCAGCCCCGGCUCAGUGUCAAGGUUUUGGUUUGGCUGAAUUUUUGCUUCAAGUGUGACGCACCCACUCGUGUUAAGCAGAUCCUAUUUACACCCUUGUGUAAGUGUAUGAUGUAGAUCAGUAUGUGUUGUUGCAAUGAAAUACUUUGUCUGCAUUAGGUUUUCCAAAGGAAACUAAUAAACAUUGGUCAACAUGUUAA